AUCGAAAGCACCAUGUCCACCAAAUCUACCACGAUUAGUGAAACCACCACGACGUCAGUCACUGCGUCCACCGAAGUGAACCCCAGCUCAACCAACCCGUUCACAACUAUCGGAAGCACCAUGCCCACCGAACCAAACACGACGCCUGCCACUACGUCCACCAAAGCUCCCACGUCUUCAGAAACCACCACGACACCGCCUGCUACUGCGUCCACCAAAGCUCCCACGUCUAUAGAAAGCAGCACAACGCCUGUCACCACGUCCACCAAAGCUCCCACGUCUACAGAAACCAUCAUGACGCCUGCCACUACGUCCACCAAAGCUCCGACGUCUUCAGAAACCACCACGACGCCGCCUGCUACUGCGUCCACCGAAGCUUCCACGUCUAUAGAAAGCAGCACAACGCCUGUCACCACGUCCACCGAAGCUCCCACGUCUAUAGAAAGCAGCACAACGCCUGUCACCACGUCCACCAAAGCUCCCACGUCUACAGAAACCACCUCGACGACUGCCACAGCGUCCACCGAAGCUUCUUCUACGGAAACUCCCGCACCAGAACCACCACAAGAGAAGCCAUGUAAACAACUAGGUCCACUGGUGCAAGAUCCGCGUGAUUGUCACGCAUAUUACACCUGUGUAAAAAUUGGAUCAUUACCGAAACAUUUUAAAUGUAAUAAUGGUGCUUAUUUUAAUCCAGACAAAUUAAAAUGCGUGAGAGGCAAUUGCGAGAAUAGCACAGAAUUUCCUCCUCCACCGCUCCCAGACAUUUGCGAUAAAUUAGGACCUUUGGUGCAAGAUCCAAACGAUUGCCGCAAGUAUUAUGCAUGCGUCACGAUUGGAAAAGAACCUGAACAUUUUACGUGCAAUAAAGGGGCGUAUUUUGAUCCAAAAACAUUACGGUGUGUCAGAGGAAUUUGUUAA